CUGUGUGGACUGUCAGGUGAUCUUUCCUUAUAUUAAUGUUUAGAUCUGGGAUAAUAAAAAGCGAAUCCAGAUUUUCCUUUGACCGGUGUGUGUGUAUUGGGAGCAUUGUGGGUAAUCCGCAGUCUUCCCUCUAAUGUAUCUGCCCAAUUUCAUUUUCCUUAGUCUAUCUUCAUUUUAUCCUGGAAAUAAAAGUGGAAUGAUAUUGUGGGAAAUCACCAUGUUGCUGUUUCACUGUAUAUUUGUUCAUGCAAACCCCACUUUCUGCUUUCUUCACGACUUUCCUUACCGGAGCCUUUUUAUAAUCUAUUACCUUCUUUAAAUUGUGAGUUGUCUUUAAUUCUUUAAAAGCUCUAUUUCCUGGUCCCCUUGCUUCUAGAGCCUCCUGCUGCUUUCAGGACAUUUUCUCUAAACUGUUCUUCCACUUUUAUUUUUCUUGGUUUAAGUCUAUUUCCCCAGUUCCCACCUCACAUACUGAGAUUGUUCCCAUUUAGCUUCACUGGAUAUCCACGUGACUUCUCUCUCCUGUACUUUACCUCCAGGCUGAUGUGUGUGUUACUACAUACUGGGCAGUGGUCACUUCCAAUGGUUGAGUCUUCGCAUACUUCCCAGUCACAUUCCCAGUCACCUCUCUGGAUACCAGUGUCCUCUCGUGUUAGUAACCAGUGGACUCAAGAGGCUCUGAUCGAACACCGGAGUUUAACACAGCGACGUCACGGUCAAGGUCUGACGUGGACACGCACAGAUGUGACGUAAGACGUUGAGAUUUAAUGUGAUUCCACAUUUUACAAAUGAGAUUUAUACCAUCAACUUAACAUAAAGUCAACGAGUCACAGAUUAUCGAAUAAAAACAACUUGAAGAAUGAACAAGAGGAAACUGGUUCUUCUCUUUAUCUUCAGUCACGAGUCUGGUUCUCAGAUUUCCGACAGGUGUGAACGUACCACAGCCGCAGAGAGAGUCUCUCUCUCUCUCUCUCUCUCUCUCUCUCUCUCUCUCUCUCUCUCUCUCUCGCCGCAUUCAUCGACAUGGACGCGGAGCUGAAGGCUGUGGAGCUGCACGAGGUCCCUGAGCUGAAGAUGGAGGAUGCGCUGAAGAUGGAGGUGAAGGAUGACGCUCUGAAGGAUGAAGAUGAGAUGAAGAUGAAGGAUGACGCUCUGAAGGAUGAAGAUGAGAUGAAGAUGAAGGAUGAAGCUCUGAAGGAUGGAGGUGAUGAAGCUGAGCUGAAGGAUGCUGAUGUGACCGAGGACCUGGACCAGGAGCAGCAGGAGAAGGAGCCGAUGACCGGAGGGCGGCGGCCCUCUGACGCGCCUCCUGCGGGCGGAGCCGCGGCCGCAGCGGCGGAGAAGAACGGCUCCGUGAAGCUGAAGAUCCCCGAGGAGGCACCGGAGGAGGUGAAGUUUACCGGCCUGAGCAAAGAGGAGCUGCUGAGGGUGGCAGGGACCCCGGGCUGGGUGAGGACUCGCUGGACCCUGCUGCUGCUCUUCUGGCUCGGCUGGUUGGGGAUGCUGCUCGGAGCCGUGCUCAUCAUCCUGCAGGCCCCCCGCUGCAGAGACCUGCCCGUCACCAGCUGGUGGAACCACGGCCCUCUGUACCAGAUCGGAAGCGUCCAGGCCUUCACCGACGGACAAGACCUGAAGGGUCUGGAGCAGAAGGUGGACGCUCUGUCUCAGCUGAAGGUCAAAGGUGUGCUGCUCGGGCCGCUCCACGUCGCUCCGCCGGACGAAGCCGUGAGCCUGAGGUUCGAGGAGAUUUCCCCCGAGGUCGGAAACCUGGAGCAGUUCAGAGGCUUCGUCCAGACGGCUCACAGGAAGGGUAUUUCUGUGGUUCUGGAUCUGACUCCAAACUACCAGGGAACAUCUGGACCCUGGUUCUCCAACGUCAGUGUGACCAACGUGGCAGAGCGGCUGAAGUCCGCUCUGGUGUUCUGGUUGGAUGAAGGUGUGGACGGCGUCCAGCUGUCCGGGGUGGAGCGGGUGUCCACCAUAGUGCCGUCUCUGUGGGCCGACAUCCGAGCCAUCGUCCAGAACGGGACGGAGCAGCGCCCCGAGGAAAGAGUCCUGAUCGGGACCACAGAUUGGUCCUCGGUGGAGGACGUCUCCUCUCUCCUGUCCUCCACUGGUGUGGACCUCCUGAUCUCCAGAGUUCUCCGUCCUGGGGACCCGGAUGCAGCGGAGCGGGCUCAGUCCGUCCAGCGCCUGUACUCGUCCCACAGCCUGACCCGGCUGGCGUGGAGCGUGGGGGGGCGGACGCAGGGUCACCUGGCGUCGCUGGUGGGCCCGGCUCUGGUGAAGCUGCAUCAGCUGCUGCUGCUCACGCUGCCGGGGACGCCCGUCUUCAACUACGGGGACGAGGUCGGCCUGAUGGACGAGGACACCAAGUUUCCCAAGAUGCUUUGGGACUCUGAUGACGCACUGAACGAGACUCGACAGGAGGACAGAGACGAGCGUCUGUCCCGUCUCACUUUCUUCCGGAGUGUGAGUGAGCUGCGAGGUAAAGAGCGCUCCCUGCUGUUCGGGGACUUCCUCCUCCUCGCUAACUCCUCCUCCUCCAUGGCCUACUUGCGGGUCUGGGACCAGAGCGCCCGCUACCUGGCCGCCUUCAACUGGGCGGAGGAGGCCACGCUGCUGCAGCUGAGCGAUGAGACGCUGCCCCAGCAGGCGGAGGUGGUCCUCAGCACCGACAGCAGCCUCCUGCCUGCAGGGGGCAGCGUGGAGCUGAGCAGCCUGCAGCUCGGCCCCGGACAGGCCGCGCUGCUCAGGUUCCCCUACGCUGGAUAG